AUGCCAGCGCGCCGGCGUUUGAUACCUCCAUUUUCUCUCCAGCUGCCGGCAGUGCCGGCACCGUCUCCGUCCCCGCCGCCUCCGCGCCCUCCGCCCCUGCAUGCAGCCCCGCGGCAACUCCGUCUCACACGCCCAGCCGCGGAGCCGCCUCCUGUCAUGAGGAACUGCAAGAUGGUGCGGGUGGCCAGCGUGCUGGGGUUGGUGAUGCUCAGCAUCGCGCUGCUCAUCCUCUCCUUCAUCAGCUACGUCUCGCUCAAGAAGGACAACAUCUUCGGCGUGCCUCGCGCCGCCAGCCCGAGGGGGCCCCGCAUGCACAUGUUCCACGAGGGAUUCAGGUCCCAGUUCGCGCUGAAGUUCCUGGACCCCUCGUUUGUUCCCAUUACGAACUUGCUGGGCCACGAGUUGCAGGAGAAGCCCUCCAAGUGGGUGUUCAAUCGGACGGCAUUCACACAGCAGAAGCAAGAAAUCCUUCAGUAUGUUGAUGUCAUAAAAAAUUUUUCUUUGACCAAGAAUAGUGUCCAGAUUGGACAGCUGAUGCAUUAUGAUUAUUCCAGCCAUAAGUAUGUUUUUUCUAUAAGCAAUAACUUCAGAUCGCUGCUUCCAGAUGUGUCACCGAUCCUGAAUAAGCAUUACAAUGUUUGCGCUGUGGUUGGAAACAGUGGAAUCUUGACCGGAAGUCAGUGUGGGCAAGAAAUAGAUAAAUCUGAUUUUGUUUUUCGCUGCAAUUUUGCUCCAACUGAGGCAUUCCAAAAAGAUGUUGGAAGGAAAAUUAAUCUCACAACCUUCAACCCCAGCAUCCUGGAAAAGUAUUACAACAAUCUUUUGACCAUUCAGGAUCGCAACAACUUCUUUUUAAGUUUAAAAAAGCUUGAUGGAGCCAUUAUUUGGAUUCCAGCUUUCUUCUUCCACACAUCAGCAACAGUCACAAGAACACUGGUUGACUUCUUUGUUGAGCAUCGAGGCCAACUAAAGGUCCAAUUGGCAUGGCCAGGAAAUAUAAUGCAGCAUGUUAACAGAUACUGGAAAAACAAACACUUGUCACCAAAGCGGCUGAGCACAGGUAUUCUCAUGUAUACCCUUGCUUCUGCUAUUUGUGAAGAAAUUCACUUGUAUGGAUUCUGGCCCUUUGGGUUUGACCCCAACACAAGGGAGGACCUCCCAUAUCACUACUAUGACAAGAAAGGAACCAAGUUUACGACCAAGUGGCAGGAGUCCCACCAGCUGCCUGCAGAGUUCCAGCUCCUCUAUAGGAUGCAUGGUGAAGGACUGGCCAAACUGACCUUGUUGCAUUGUGCCUAAGAACCUAAAUCUUGAAGUCCCAAAUGAUGGUCUAAAAUGUGCCCAAAUCUGAGUUAAAUGUUCUUCAGAUACAAUUCUAAAAGAAAUAUAUAUAUACACUCACCCUAAUAUAUUUUCCAUAAUAUAAAGAUGCUUUUUAAUCACUCCUGUCACCAUUCAUCAAAGGGUUUAAGCAUAUUUAGCAAUGCAGAAGCAUUUAUCAAAUUCUGUGAAUGCUAUUCAUGCAGCAGCACAGCAAAGGUGAAAUAUUUUGCUUUUAUACAUAUGCUAUUAAAUCUGUUUUAAAAUCUUUUCAUAUUUCAGCAUUCCACUAAAUGCCUCUAAACAUCUUAAUUUGAUUGUUCCUUUCAGAUUAGAACUAGAAUUAUGUUUUUCUCACAUAUGUUGCUAUGAGUAGUUCAGCAUACGUAGACUUGCCUUGGCCAAUUGUAAAAGCCACCCCAAAACCCCAGUUAAUUGUCACUUACAAGUUCCUCAGUGUGGAACCCCACUUCCACUGCUUGCAUAUUUUUGUAUUUACUGAAUUUUACUUUUUUUUUUUUUUAAGAACAAUAUGGAGGUCAAAAUAUGGCUUCCUCAUCCCUCCGUGUGCCCCAAUGAACGUGGAGAAUGGGGGGAUAGGAUUCCCAGCCCAGUUAACUGCACAGGAAAGCAUCCCCCCCCCAACAGCUCCACUGGCACCAGAUCAGGGGGGAGAUGGAGUGAGGUUGAGGCAGCCCAAUUUCUGAGAAAUGGCCUUGAGAGGAAAACAAGCACAGUGGGAAUGCAGAGAGUAGGAGAUGUGAUUCCCAGAGUCCUCUUUCACAUUGCUAAGUCCCCAGCCAGACAACUGAAUUAGCAGUCUCAUGUUGCAGUCAAGAACAGAUAUUUGGGAAGAUGCAACUUUCUAAGUACCUUUGAUGGUCAGACUGGUUGCAAAAAAGAUAAAUCUUAGGGUUGCUCGUAUUUGAAAAUCUUGGCCAUGAUGCCU